CGCCCUGCCGCGCGCUUGCGCAGCACCGCCAGCCGGGGCCCCGCCCCUCGCGGAGCGAUCAUUGGCCUCAGGGACAGGGUUUAGCUACAAGAUGGCCGCCGCGCGCCCGGACCCCCCGAUUCCGAGCUCACCGACCCGGGAGUCGCCAUCCCCGGAGCCGUCGGACCUGGUCCUGGUGCCUGAUGGUGGUUACUCUGCCACUCCCCCAAGUGACCUCAUCGAGAUCCAGGUGGUAAAAGUUACAGAUACUACAUCGGUACCUGAGCCCCCAGAUCCGGGAUCUUUUCACUGUGCCCUGUGUCCCGCGGCCUUCCACCUGGUCUCAGAGCUGCUGUUUCACGAACAUGGCCACCUGGCAGGCGUGGAGGGGGUUGGGCAGGGUGGGGACCCAAGCCGUUGUCACGUGUGUGGCCACAGCUGUCCAGGUCCUGCUAGCCUGCGUGCCCACUACAGCUUGCAUACGGGAGAGCGGCCUUACCGCUGCCCACUCUGCCCACGGGCGUUUAAGGCCUUGGCACCUCUGCUCCGGCACCAGCACCGACACGGGGUGGAGCCGGGCAACUCUCGGAGGCUUCCACCUACAGCAUCAACUGGACAGCCAAACCCAAGGGUGGCACAGGAGAGGUCGGAGGUGGUGAUGGCCGCAGCAGCUGCAGGGGCCGCGGUAGGCAAGCCUUUCGCCUGCAGGUUCUGUACCAAGCCCUUCCGCCGCUCCUCAGACAUGCGAGACCACGAGCGUGUGCACACGGGGGAGCGUCCCUACCACUGCGGCAUCUGUGGCAAGGGCUUCACACAGUCCUCUGUGCUGAGCGGUCACGCCCGUAUCCACACUGGCGAGCGCCCCUUCCGCUGCACGCUCUGCGACCGCACUUUCAAUAACUCCUCAAACUUUCGCAAACACCAGCGCACCCAUUUCCACGGGCCAGGGCCUGGGGUGGGAGAGUCUGGAGGCCAACUGAGACCAACUUCGGUGGCCCAGGAAUCAGGGAGUAAGCGUGGGACAGAGAACACUACCGAAGAAGGGCUCGGAGAGACUGUGAAGGUGAAUGUGGAGGUUGACCAGUAGGCUGGGGAGUAGGAAGCAUGUCAUAGGGGAAGUGGAUGGACUAAUAGAGGCAAAAGCCAAGGAGAAAUAAUAAGCAGCUGGGAUUGGAGAGCUGAGAAGCCAGCAGGUUCUGGUCUCCGAGAAACCCGCACUACACUUGAGACUCAGGAAAGAGGUACCUGCAAUUCUAUAGAUGUCUAGCUACAUGUGAAAAUACAGAGACAGCUGAGCAUGGCCCAUUCCUGUAAGACCAGUAUUCUGGAUGCUGAGGCAGAAGGAUUGUGAGGUCCAGACCAGCCCAGGCUGCAAAGCAAGACUUUAUCCACCACCACCUCUGGUCCAAUCCUGGACUACCUCUGGACCAUGUAGGGGCUGCCCUAAGAUGAACUAGUAUGAAAUAUUUAGCCUACCUCAACUGGAUUGCACUGGUCCUUGGAUGUCUACCCUCCCUGGGCAGAAGAUGCCCACCAGGCCAUCUCUAAAGAAAUACUGGGAUGCCUUCUCCCUCAAAACCAGAGUACCUAAACCACAGUUGGGAAUCCAUAAAUCUCUAGGAUGUGAGCCUGCCCAUAGAGAUUAACUCUAAGCUCUGUUCACCUCUCCAUCCUACCCCAUAGUGGUCUCUCCUUAGCCUACCAGACUCUUCUGGAAGCAACUGAGAGCACACACUGCAAGCAAGCAAUCACCUGGUACCCCUUUAAGCUUUAGGCGCAGAGCCUGUGGUCUCCCAUGUCUACAAAGAAGUUUCCGAUUUCUCUAUUUUCCUCCGCUGUGAGGUAGAUAGCUUCCUGCUUAGUCCUGGGCAAUUCAGAGGAAGGGUUGGCUGAUGACAACCUUGGUGUAGAGUAAGAGAAGACAUUGAUGUAAGGGGCUAAAAGGACUCCGGAGCUGGAGUUUGGGGUAGGAUGGGGACUUCUAGUCUGUUCCUAUUAAAAGACUUUCUGAAAUGCUUCUCUGUCA